AUGACGUUUAACAAGGCGAUGAGCUCAAUGCCUGUCUCAUCGUCCUCGCGGUCCCCUCUUCCCUCUCCCUCCCCGCUGACCGAACGUCGCCUGUUUAGAACUUUCUCGGGGUUAUCAGCCUCGUCGCGACCACGCUCGCCCACAGGCAAUGGCCAUGCUCCGGUAACAGAGGAGAUAAGCGAGAUCAAACGGUACGAGGACUUUACCACUAUCGACUGGGUCCAGGAUGCGGUACACGAGCAAGCGCGACGGCGGAUAAAGCGCCAGGAAGGCUCGGGGUUUUGGGACAAAGAAGGCACCUUUAAAUGGAGGCUUAAAGUACGGGAGUCUUAUGACGCUGGGCAAGCUUGGCUUGUCAUUACGAUCGUCGGGGCAGUCAUUGGGCUGAUAGCGGCUGUUUUGAAUAUUAUUACUGAGUGGCUGUCGGAUAUUAAAUUGGGUUACUGUACGACGGCGUUUUAUCUCAAUCAACAGUUCUGUUGCUGGGGUGCUGAAGGAGCUGCGAAGUUGGUCAAGUCGUUUGCGCCAUACGCUGCCGGAUCAGGCAUCUCCGAAAUAAAAUGCAUCAUCGCCGGCUUCGUAAUGAAGGGUUUCUUGGGUGGAUGGACACUUUUGAUCAAGUCAAUUGCGCUUCCACUGGCCAUCGCUUCGGGUUUAUCAGUAGGUAAAGAGGGGCCAAGUGUUCACUUUGCGGUCUGUACCGGAAACGUCAUCUCGCGAUUCUUUACCAAAUACAAGCGGAGCGCAUCGAAGACUAGAGAAGUUUUGACAGCAACUGCAGCCGCCGGCGUCGCUGUUGCUUUUGGCAGUCCGAUUGGUGGCGUAUUGUUCUCUCUCGAAGAAGUAGCGUCCUAUUUCCCAUUGAAGACCCUAUGGCGGAGCUACUUCUGUGCUCUGGUUGCGACGGGAGUGUUGUCGGUUAUGAACCCCUUUAGAACUGGGCAGCUCGUCAUGUUCCAGGUGCGAUAUGACCGAUCAUGGCACUUUUUCGAAUUGAUAUUUUUCGUCAUUAUUGGUAUAUUUGGUGGAUUGUAUGGAGCGUUGGUGAUCAAAUGGAACCUCCGCGUCCAAGCGUUCAGGAAGAAGUACCUCUCUCAACAUGCCGUAGUUGAGUCCGUGAUCCUAGCCGUUGUUACGGCAGUUAUAUGUUUCCCCAAUAUGUUCUUGAAGAUCAACAUGACUGAAAUGAUGGAGAUCUUGUUCCAAGAAUGCGAGGGAGAGCAUGACUACCAUGGCCUUUGCGAGUCGAAGUAUCGCUGGUCAAUGGUGUUCUCAUUAGCUACAGCCACAAUUUUACGGAUAUUCUUAGUGAUAAUAUCCUAUGGCUGUAAGGUGCCGGCUGGAAUUUUUGUUCCAUCAAUGGCGAUCGGGGCGUCUUUUGGCCGCAUGGUCGGUAUUAUGGUCCAGGCAUUGCAUGAAUCGUUUCCAGAUUCGAAGUUCUUCGCAGCUUGCGAGCCGGACCUCCCUUGUAUCACGCCUGGCACCUAUGCAUUCUUAGGCGCAGGCGCAGCUCUGAGCGGAAUCAUGCACUUGACUAUCUCAGUGACCGUGAUUAUGUUCGAGCUGACUGGGGCUCUGACCUAUAUUCUUCCCACUAUGAUCGUGGUGGGUGUCACCAAAGCAGUGGGAGACCGCUUCGGGAACGGCGGCAUAGCUGACCGCAUGAUCUGGGCCAAUGGGUUCCCAUUCCUUGAUAAUAAAGAGGAUCACGUCUUUAAUGUCCCUGUUUCCCAUGCAAUGACCACUGACCCGGUAUCGCUUCCUGCCUCUGACUUCCCAGUGCGUGAAGCAGAGCACCUUCUGAAUGAUAAUAAAUUCCAAGGCUUCCCAAUCAUAGAAGACCGCUCGAGCAAAAUCUUGGUUGGGUACAUUGGCCGCACGGAACUGCGUUACGCUAUCGAUCGAGCCAGAAGGGAAGGUAUGAUUUCUCCUAGCGCCCAGUGCGUGUUCACCAAGGACGCAGCGGAAGCCUCAGUCGCCCGCCGCGCCUCCUCUACUUUGCAGCGUACUCUCUUAACACCCGACACUUUCGAUAAUAUCGAGAGCAGUUCUGGGGCGAGUUUCGUGGACUUUAGCAGAUACAUCGACAACACGCCAUUAACCGUACACCCACGCCUGCCGCUAGAAACCGUCAUGGAGAUCUUCAAGAAGAUGGGACCUCGUGUCAUUUUGGUUGAGCACCGUGGCCGACUCACGGGCCUUGUCACGGUCAAGGACUGCCUCAAGUACCAGUUUAAGGUCGAGGCCGAGGAGCAAGCACUAGCUGCAACACACCAUCCCGAACUUCCCCUUGGGGCGUACCAGGCGAAGGAUAAUGGCACUCUUGAAGAACGCAUCUGGAAUCUUAUGCAGAAGAUUGGGUCGAGGUUUUCCAAGAGUUCCGGACAACCACGAGAUGCCAUGCCUCUCCCGCAAGACGACCAAUCUCCAAUUGGUGUGGGGAAUGACGCAGAUGGCCGGAUGGUCGAGUUGGAAGAACGACCUUAGUAUUAGAAUUUUGAUUGUAUGGUAAAUGAAAUAUAGACGAACAAUCCUUUAUCCUAUAGA